AUGGCUCCAGCUUCCAGCUUCCGUGGACACCAGUGGACUUACAACCCUAUCCGAGGGUCCUGCCUGCUCCUGCUGCUGGUCAUGUCAAAUCGGCUCCUUUGCCAAGGCAACUUAUGCCCGUCCUGCGGUCCUGACACGUUUAAAAUCCCCCUGAAAUCCCUUAAAGCGCUGUUUACCCGUGCCUUCGGGCUGUCCCACGACAUCAACAACCUUUCCACUAUGAUGUUCCUUGAGUUUGAUGAAAAUUAUUCCCAGGGUAAUCCGGAGUUUAAUAAUGCCACUGAUUACUGCCACACCAAUCCCCUCCAUGCUCCUGAAGAAAGAGAAAAAGCCCAACAGAUGAACAAUGAAGACCUUAGUAAGUGGAUCCUCAUGUUACUAUACUCCUGGGAUAUUCCUCUGAAUCAUCUAGUCAUGGACCUGCGAAAUAUAAAAGAAGUCUCAAAUACUACCCUAUCAAGAGCCAGAGAGACUGUGAAAAAAGUACAAAAACUUAAGCAACUCAUAGAGAGGCAAUUCAACCAGCUUAUUUUUCCAGCUAGGAAGAAGAUGGUCGAUACUCACAUUUACUGGACAGAACUUCAAUCCCUGACGUCCAGAGAUGAAAAUAUACGUCACCAUGCAUUUUUUAUCCUGUUCCGGUGCCUGCACAGGGACACACGUAAAGUUGACAUUUACACCAAGAUCAUGGCAUGCCGAAUCCACAACGUGUGCUAA